UGAAAAGCAUACAUGAAAAGCCUCUGAAGCUUCACGGUGUGGCUGGUGCGUGACAGUCAUUGAGUUUUUCACCUGUAGAACAUCUCUUGGAGACCUGAUACAGAUUUUAAUUCAUUUUCUCUGAUUUGUUUGCAAACUCUACGAUGGAGAGCAAGAGAAGGGGUAUUUUGGAGCGCCUGGAUGCUGGGGAGGUCGUUGUAGGUGAUGGAGGUUAUGUUAUGCAGCUGGAGCGGCGUGGCUAUGUGAAGGCUGGACAUUGGACACCUGAGGCUGCUGUCGAACAUCCUGAAGCAGUGAGGCAACUGCAUAGGGAGUUCCUGAGAGCAGGGGCCAGCGUGAUUCAGACAUUCACCUUCUACUGCAGCGAGGAUAAACUGGAGAUCAGUGGCAAUGUCACCAACAUCACUGGGGCUCAGAUCAAUGAUGCAGCCUGUGACAUGGCAAGGGAGGUGGCAGAUCAGGGGGGCGCAUUGGUCGCUGGGGGUGUCUCUCAGACUCCAUGUUACGUGAAGAGUCACAGCGAGAAGGAGGUCAAGGCCAUUUUUAAGAAACAGAUGGAUGACUUCCUAAAGAAAGACAUUGAUUUCUUGAUAGUGGAGUACUUUGAGCAUGUGGAAGAGGCAGUGUGGGCAGUGGAGGUGCUGAAGACCAGCGGUAAACCAGUGGGUGCAACUCUGUGCAUCUCCCCUCAGGCAGACAUGAAUGGAGUCCCGCCUGGAGAGUGUGCUGUUAGGCUGGUCAAAGCUGGAGCUGACAUUGUUGGAAUAAAUUGCCACUUGGACCCUCUGACGUGCGUCCGUACAGUGAAGUUGAUGAAAGAAGGAUUGGAGAAAGCUGGUCUCAAAGCUCAUCUCAUGGUCCAGCCUCUGGGCUUUCACACACCUGAGUGUAACCACACUGGAUACGUCAGCCUACCGGAGUUCCCCUUUGCUUUGGAGACUAGAUCACUAACUCGCUGGGACAUCCAUAAGUAUGCCAGAGAGGCUUACAAUGCAGGAAUUCGCUACAUUGGAGGCUGCUGUGGAUUUGAGGCAUAUCAUAUCAGAGCCAUAGCUGAAGAGCUGGCUGCAGAGCGAGGAUUCCUCCCACCAGCUUCAGAGAAACAUGGACUCUGGGGAGCUGCACUGGAGAUGCACACUAAACCCUGGGUCAGAGCCAGGGCUCGUCGAGAGUACUGGGAAACCCUUUUGCCUGCUUCUGGACGUCCCACAUGCCCAUCUAUGGCCACCCCAGCAGAUGAGUAAGUGAGAAGAUCAUCAGUCGCAGGAACAGGACUAUCAGGGUAGGGGCAUUGAAGAAAAAAAUGUGCUCUCAUCUCCCAUAGCCAAGGAUCCCUCUGAGCACAAAGUGUAAUCAUCUACCUUUUAAAUGACUGUAGAUAAACUGUAAACUUUUUAACCUACAUGGUCUUUUGCUUUUGUCUAUAUCUUCUUUAUACGUGCUUGAGUAAAGAUGUUUCUGUAAACAUUUGAAAGGAUAUAAAUGUAGCACAGUAAACUUUAUUCUUAUUAAACCUUAUACAUGGCUCUCAACACUUCUCAGUUAUCGUUAUCAGCAUGUCACUUAUUUACAUGAAUGGGGUAAAAGUCAGGUUACAUGAGGAUAAAGAAUAUGGCCUUGAAAGUGAAGUAAAUGUUCACAAGAGUGAUUGUUAUAUAAAUUAACAGAAAUUGUUUCCUCAGCAUUUUGUUGGUUUUACAAUAGGCCAUUAACAACCUGGUCUUUUCUUUCUCAAACAAUAUGCCUUUCUCCUCUGCUCAUCAGCCAAAUGUCAAAUAGUGUGACAAAGUAUGUUGGAGAUCACUUAAGUAAACCUACUCACAAAACAUGGAAACUGAAGGAAAAAGUGGAAGACUCAAAAGGGUUAAUAAAUAAAACCCUACACUGAGUAUGUCUAUAAGUAUGUUUUGGAGUUAUUGUGACAAUUUUGCCCUUGCUUUUUGUAGCACUUGGGUCGUGAGGAGUCCCCACAAUUCAAACGUCUAAAUUCAGAUUUGAACUUUGACCAAUAGAUUCAGAGUCCUUAACAAUUACAAAAUGUAACCAAUCACAUCUCUGUACACCAGAAAUAACAGAGGUUGAGACGUGUUAUCCAAGUUCCAUGUAACCUUUUUGAAUCCUAUAAUCCGUCUAUGUUAUAACACGUCAUACCCUUUUCUUGAAUGUUAAAUGGAGAGAGACAGCAUAUGCACCCCAUCACAAAUGAAAAUCAGCAGUGAUAGAGAUGUUUUUUUUCUUUCCUCUUUUCAUAAAUGUGCUUUGAGAAUCAAUUUGUGAAUUGAUUUAAGCUAAGAAUUGAAUGUGAGAUCAGUCUCAAAAUAGUGAAGGAUUUGAGAUUAAAUGUGAUUUAAUGUGUGACCUGUGCAUUCAGAGAGGGAGUUUGACUGGGAAAAAAUAAAUUCCACUUUGCUUUUACAUCUUAAACCAG